AUGUCCAGAUCCGGUGACAGGACCUCCACCUUCGACCCCAGCCACAGUGACAACCUGCUGCACGGCCUCAACCUGCUGUGGAGGAAGCAGCUAUUUUGCGACGUGACCCUGACGGCCCAGGGCCAGCAGUUCCACUGCCACAAGGCCGUGCUGGCCUCCUGUUCGCAGUACUUCCGAUCACUCUUCUCCAGCCACCCCCCUCUCGGGGGAGGGGUCGGCGGCCAGGACGGCUUGGGGGCCCCCAAGGACCAGCAGCAGCAACAGCAGCAGCCACAGCAGCAGCCUCCACAGCAGCAGCAGCCGCCGCCACAGGAGGAGCCCGGGACUCCUUCCUCCUCCCCCGACGACAAGCUGCUGACCAGUCCCCGAGCCAUUAACAACCUAGUGCUGCAGGGCUGCUCGUCCAUCGGGCUGCGCCUAGUGCUUGAAUACCUCUACACGGCCAACGUGACCCUCUCCUUGGACACCGUGGAGGAGGUGCUGUCGGUCAGCAAGAUCCUGCACAUCCCUCAGGUCACCAAGCUCUGCGUUCAGUUCCUCAACGACCAGAUCUCGGUGCAGAACUACAAGCAGGUGUGCAAGAUUGCCGCACUGCACGGCCUGGAGGAAACCAAGAAGCUGGCCAACAAGUACCUGGUGGAGGAUGUGCUGUUGCUUAACUUCGAGGAGAUGCGUGCCCUGCUGGACUCGCUGCCGCCCCCCGUGGAGUCGGAGCUGGCACUUUUCCAGAUGUCCGUGCUGUGGCUGGAGCACGACCGUGAGACCCGCAUGCAGUACGCUCCCGACCUCAUGAAGCGCCUCCGCUUCGCGCUCAUCCCCGCCCCGGAGCUGGUGGAGCGGGUCCAGUCGGUGGAUUUCAUGCGCACCGACCCGGUCUGCCAGAAGCUGCUGCUGGACGCCAUGAACUACCACCUGAUGCCCUUCAGGCAGCACUGCAGGCAGAGCCUGGCCAGCAGAAUUCGCUCUAACAAGAAAAUGCUGCUGUUGGUUGGAGGGUUGCCUCCCGGACCGGACCGGCUCCCCAGCAAUCUGGUCCAGUAUUACGAUGACGAAAAGAAGACGUGGAAAAUACUCACAAUUAUGCCUUACAACAGUGCCCACCACUGUGUUGUCGAGGUAGAAAACUUCCUGUUCGUGUUGGGUGGAGAGGACCAGUGGAAUCCAAAUGGAAAACAUAGCACAAAUUUUGUCAGCCGCUAUGAUCCCCGAUUUAAUAGUUGGAUCCAACUUCCACCCAUGCAAGAAAGAAGAGCCAGUUUCUACGCAUGCCGCUUGGACAAGCAUUUAUACGUGAUUGGCGGGAGGAAUGAAACCGGCUACCUGUCCAGUGUGGAGUGCUACAACCUCGACACCAACGAGUGGCGCUAUGUGUCCUCUUUGCCUCAGCCUCUGGCAGCCCAUGCAGGAGCAGUACACAAUGGGAAAAUAUAUAUUUCAGGGGGUGUGCACAAUGGAGAGUACGUGCCAUGGUUGUAUUGUUAUGACCCCGUCAUGGAUGUCUGGGCCCGGAAACAAGACAUGAACACAAAACGUGCCAUCCACACAUUGGCUGUGAUGAAUGACCGCUUAUACGCAAUUGGAGGGAAUCAUUUGAAAGGUUUCUCCCACCUUGACGUCAUGCUUGUGGAGUGCUAUGACCCAAAAGGUGACCAGUGGAACAUUCUCCAGACCCCCAUCUUGGAGGGUCGCAGUGGCCCCGGCUGUGCGGUGCUUGAUGACAGUAUUUAUCUGGUGGGGGGCUACAGCUGGAGUAUGGGUGCCUACAAGUCGUCUACAAUCUGCUACUGUCCAGAAAAGGGAACCUGGACUGAACUAGAAGGCGAUGUGGCUGAACCCCUGGCAGGCCCAGCCUGUGCAACAGUCAUCUUACCAGCCUGUGUACCCUAUAACAAAUAA